AUGCCUCAACCUCCUCCCAGCUAUUUGGAUUGUAGUGUAAACAAUCUGAUAGAGGAGGAAACCAGUUAUGAUGUUACAGAAAUGGAGGAGGAGUAUAAGCAUCUAAUAUCAUCCUGUAACCAAGAGCAGCUUGCAGUCUUUACAUCUAUAAUGGAGUCAGUUGAGAAAAAAGAGGGAGGUGUUUUUUUUGUGUACGGUAGCGGGGGCUGCGGAAAAACCUACUUAUGGAGAACAAUGAUUUCAAAAUUGCGGUCUGAACGCCUGAUUGUUCUUCCAGUUGCUUCAUCCGGUAUCGCCGCCACACUCCUGCCAGGAGGGCGGACUGCACAUUCAAGGUUUAAAAUCCCAAUUGUACUUGAUGAGUAUUCAAUGUGUUCCAUAUCUCAUACAUCAGACAUUGCAGAGUUGGUUAAGCGUACAAGUCUAAUUAUUUGGGACGAGGCCCCAAUGCAACACCGAUAUUCAUUUGAAUGUCUUGAUCGUUCACUUAAAGAUAUCAUGAAAGCUGUUGAUCCAAGAAGAUAUCAUAUGCCUUUUGGUGGAAUUACAGUGGUUUUGGGUGGGGACUUCCGUCAAAUCCUCCCUGUCAUCCCACAAGCUCCAAGGGGUGAGAUAGUAGCUGCUUCAAUAACAAGAUCAAAGCUUUGGAAGAUCGCCACUGUGUUUAAACUAUUACACAACAUGCGUCUAAACAAGGGAAGAAACAACGAGGAGAUUCAGAAUUUGAAAGAAUUUGCACAAUGGGUUCUGGACAUUGGUGAUGGAAAAAUAGGACCUCCUCCUGAUGCAGGUGUGGAAUAUGGUGAGGAUGACAUUGCUGUGCCUGAACGUUACUGUAAUAUGGGUUCUGAAAAUUCAGUGGAACAAAUGAUGAAAAGCACCUUUCCGUCAUUUCUGGAAAAAUUUCAGGACUCAAAUUACUUGAGCGAUAGAGCAAUCCUAACACCAACAAAUGUCAAGUAA